UGUAACAUGCAGUCCAGAGCCGUAGGCCCAUUGGGAACAACAAAUAAAUGUCUCAGAUAGAUUAGGGUUUGCGCCGUUUGCAUAUAUAAUCGUCUACAAUCACCGUUCAGCUCCGCCUUCACAGUCCAGAGUUUGUGCAGGCCAAGCAAGCAGCACAAUGCCGAAGCAAAUUCACGAGAUCAAGGAUUUCCUCCUUACUGCAAGAAGGAAGGAUGCACGUUCUGUCAAAAUCAAGAGAACGAAGGACGCUGUGAAGUUCAAGGUUCGGUGCUCAAAGUACCUCUACACCCUUUGCGUGUUUGAUUCCGAGAAGGCAGACAAGUUGAAGCAGUCUCUUCCUCCAGGCUUGAGCGUGCAGGACCUGUGAAGCAUUUUGGUAGCAAAUCUGAGGAAUGCAAUGAAGAAAUCUUUUUGUUUUGUGGAUUUUGAAGACUGAAAAAAAACUUAUGUUUUGUUGGAGCUAGAUGUUAUUAUUCCCCAGAUAUUUGGUUCUUUUGAAUUGAGUAUGGUUUUAUA